CAGGACUGGGGGAUGAAAAGGUGAUGGCGCGCCCCAGUUCUAAGGCGGGGCAGGGCGGAGUGGGGCGGGAUAGAAACCCGUUCGCCUGGGACCCGCCGAGGUGCCCGGAGGAGACCUGGGCGCACGCAAGUUUUGCUAGGGCUGGGAGAGGGCGGAAGACCGAGAGGGUGCAGAACGACCGGGAGGCACUCCGCAAAUCCUCUCCACACUGUCGGAUCUGGGCUCUAAGACCAAGAGGAUCGCCAACACCUGCAGACCUGGCCAGGCGUCCAAGCAAAGCAUCUGUCUUCAGACGCUUUUGAAAGUCUGUGGUAACGACCUCCCAUCCCUGGAUUCCUCGGGAGAUCUCGAGGGUCUCACCGCGCCCGCGCCCCGCGGGACCCCGGACGGCAUCGCUAGUGAAUUAGAAGAGUGGAGGAUAGAAGGGAGCCCCACCGAGGAAAAGGGCAUGCGUUUUGGUGACAACAUCCGGACCGGGUCCCACCCCCAGGAACGCUGCGUGUGAGGUUCCACAGGAGCAGGCCAGCGGUGCAAGCUGCCACGCACACAUUGUAUGGAAGAGCAGAAGCAUCUGCCUCUACCGCACAACCCCACCAAAAUGGCUGCUUUUGGACACACAUUCCCCUUCUAUGCUGGCCCCAAGCCAACCUUCCCAAUGGACACCACCUUGGCUGUCAUCAUCACCAUCUUUCUGACUGCACUGGUCACCUUCAUCAUCAUCUUGCCUGGCAUUCGGGGCAAAAUGAGGCUGUUCUGGCUGCUACGGGUGGUGACCAGCUUAUUCAUCGGGGCUGUGAUCCUGGCUGUGAAUUUCAGUUCUGAGUGGUCCGUGGGCCUGGUCAGCACCAACACAUCCUAUAAAGCUUCCAGUUCCCAGUGGAUCAGUGCUGACGUUGGGCUGCAGAUUGGACUGAGAGGAGUCAACAUCACACUCACAGGGACCCCAGUGCAGCAGCUGCAUGAAACCAUCAAUUACAAUGAGGAAUUCACCUGGCAGCUAGGCGAGAACUAUGCUGAGGAGUAUGCAAGGGCGCUGGAGAAGGGACUGCCGGACCCUGUGCUCUACCUGGCUGAGAAGUUCACCCCGAACAGCCCAUGUGGCCUGCAUGGACAGUACCGCCUGGCGGGACACUACACCUCGGCCAUUCUGUGGGUGGCAUUCCUCUGCUGGCUGCUGGCCAAUGUGAUGCUGUCCAUGCCCGUGUUGGUCUAUGGUGGCCACAUGCUGCUGGCCACGGGGAUCUUCCAGCUGCUGGGACUGCUCUUCUUCUCCAUGGCCACAUCACUCACCCCACCCUGUCCCCUGCGCCUGGGCACUGCUACACUGCCCACUCACCGUGGACCUGCCUUCUGGAUCACGUUGACCACAGGACUGCUUUGUGUGCUGCUGGGCCUGGCCAUGGGGGUGGCCCACAGGAUGCAUCCCCACAGGCUGAAGGUUUUCUUCAACCACAGUGUGGGGGAGAACCCUGGGCUGGAGUGGAAUCCUGAGGAAGGGGGACUCCUGAGCCCCAGCUACCAGUCCACAGCUGAGAGUCCUGAACCCCAGGACAUUCCUCUGUCAGAGGCUUCCUCCAAGGCAUGCUGUGAAGAGGAGCACCCCAGUGUGCCUGACCAUGCCCUAUAAGGUUCCUCUCCUUGGUGGCCACCCAGACUUC